AUGGCUCACAAUCCAUGGCUACGAGGUUGCUUUCUCAUUUCCAAGGAACCUUCCUCCGGAUACGGCUGGCAGCUUUCAAUCGGCCGUCCCAAGCAUCCCCGAAGCAACGGACGACCAAGCCAGCGCACGCCGCAACGCCAACACCAGGCACCGAAUGGGCAGCACUGCCUACCAACCAGUCGCAGCUUGGGACGCCAGCUCCCUGGUCACGAGCAUGUCGCAUAUAUGUACCACGCUAUCAGCAUUCCUUGA